AUGACUCGGCGAAUUGUCCGAACAGCUGCCCAGCUCGCUGGCGCUGCCCUUUUUACCUUCCUCGUCAUCGCUUUCCUCGACCGCAAUUAUCGUGUCCUCCCCAAUUCGAUUCAUGGCUACAUGCCAUCCCACCACCCCGGACUUAUCGUCACCGAUGUCACAAUAGUCACAUGUUCAAGUGUCAAUCCCUUUUCUUCCUGCGAGCUCGAUAAAGAAUGGCACCGAGUUGACAAGGACUUAUAUCUUGGAAGGACAUGGACUACGAGCGCCUACCUAUACGUAAUGCGCAAACAUGAGGAGGACCUUACCGAGGAAGACCGAGUUGUGGUGGACGUUUCGGUCGGUAGACUCCAACCUCAGCCCAAGGGAGAAACAGACGACGCCUGGGAAUCUCGUUCUUCGGGUAUCUGGAUCAAGCGUUCGGCCAAGAGGAAGGCUAGUGAUUCAAAGCAGGCUGUCACCGAUGUCGAUGUCCUCUUCGGAGAUGAUGCCGUCGAGGCAAGAGACGGAUAUGCACUCACGGGAACACCCCUGCUACUAAACACGGGUGGCAACCUUCUUUGCGUCCAACUGACGGUGCGACGAGGCCCGGUCCGAGAGUCCAAGAAGCCUACACCGAGGAUCCGCAACGAUGGACGAUACAAGAUCAUGCAGAUCGGUGAUCUGCAUCUUAGUACCGGGGUGGGCGCAUGUCGCGAAGCCGUCCCCGAUUCCUACAAUGGUGGAAAAUGCGAGGCCGAUCCCAGAACGCUCGAUUUCGUGAAUCGGGUACUGGAUGACGAGAAGCCUGAUUUGGUAGUACUGAGUGGCGACCAGGUCAACGGUGACACAGCACCAGACGCACCGACGGCUAUGUUCAAGAUUGUCUCCCUCCUCAUUGAACGAAAGAUCCCCUAUGCUGCCAUUUUCGGGAACCACGACGACGAAAAGACCAUGUCUCGUGAGGCCCAGAUGGCUAUCAUGGAGAGCCUUCCCUUUUCUCUUUCUACCGCCGGGCCGGCUGACAUUGACGGCGUUGGCAACUACUAUGUUGAAGUCUUGGCCCGUGGGAAGACAGAUCAUUCUGCAUUGACCAUCUACCUUAUGGACACCCAUGCUUACACACCUGAUGAGCGAAACUUUCCCGGAUAUGAUUGGGUUAAGCCCAAUCAGAUAGAGUGGUUCAAGAAGACGGCCGCUGGUCUCAAGAAGAACCACAACGAAUACACCGGUCGACACAUGGAUAUUGCCUUUAUUCAUAUUCCUCUGACAGAAUAUGCUGACCCAGCACUACCCCGUGUUGGCGAAUGGAAAGAAGGAGUCACUGCCCCCGUCUAUAACUCUGGAUUUCGCGAUGCCCUCGUUGAACAGGGCAUCGUCAUGGUCAGUGCAGGACAUGACCACUGCAACGACUACUGCUCCCUAUCUUUAGCAGGCGAGGGAGAGACAAAGAUCCCUGCCUUGUGGAUGUGUUACGCCGGUGGCUCCGGCUUCGGUGGAUACGCUGGUUAUGGUGGCUACCACCGUCGCGUACGCCUAUUCGAGGUCGAUACCAACGAAGCCCGCAUCAAGACUUGGAAACGUCUUGAAUCCGGAGACACAGCUUCUCGCAUAGACCUGCAAAUUAUCGUUGACGGCGGCAAACCACAGCCCAUCGCCCCCGUUUCAUGA